GCAUAUCAACGUGUUCUGUAGCGUAAGAUAUAUCUGAAUAUUCCGCAUUUUUUGAGCGGUGAUUUCCUAUUGAUCCGGGUCACAUAAGCGAUAAUGUAAGUAUGUGUAAAUAUCAUCCCGAUCUUUGAUUUGCAGAUACAACAAUUUAGGCAAUUUCGACGGCCAACGCCCUUGACGUCAGACGCUUCUUCUAUCUUUCCCUUAACCAGUGCCUGGGCACGAAUUUAGCCGCCUACGCGUGUCGUCACGUUUUUAACGCUGAUUCAGCGACCUUCUUUUACCUCAUUGUCCGCAAGAGAUCCCAAUCCCGCAGCCUCUAUAAAUUCUCUACUCUUUGCACCAAGCUUAUCGUCAGUGUUGUUGUGUUUUUGCCAACUAUUUCUUGCUCUUCGUAAUUGUAAUUGAAAGUAAUAGAAACUAUAUAAUUGAUAAUAUAACGAUUCCUCUUUUAUCAAUAAUAAACAGAUGUUGAUCAAGGAGUACCGAAUAUGCAUCCCGCUAACCGUUGAAGAAUACCAAAUUGCUCAAUUGUAUAUGAUUCAGAAGAAGAGUCGACAAGAGAGUUCUGGAACUGGAUCUGGAGUUGAGAUACUUAUAAAUCAGCCAUAUAACGAGAGUGGAGGACCAUGCGGGCCUGGUCAAUACACUCAUAAAGUCUAUCACGUUGGCUCCCAUUUGCCAGCUUGGUUUCGUUCGAUUUUACCAAAGUCUGCUCUAAGAGUUGAAGAGGAGGCAUGGAACGCUUACCCAUACACAAAAACAAUCUAUCGUUGUCCCUUCGUCGAGAAAUUCAGUAUUGAGAUUGAAACAAAGUAUUUAAAAGAUAAAGGAGAACAGAAUAACGUAUUUAAUCUAUCAACGUCUGAAUUGCGUAAUAGAACAGUUGGUAAGUUAAUGACGUUUACACUUAAUUAUGUUGAUGAAACAGUUUCUCACCUUGAAAUAUUAUACGCUACUUGUAUAUUGAGAGUAGACAUAGUAAGAUAAACUAAGACAGAGAGUAGAAAGCGUGAUAUGAUUCAAAAAUCAAUUUAUAGAGAUCGGUUCUCUCGUUGAGAGCAUGAUUAUAUUCCUUUAAUUGCUUACUGCGUACACACACGCGUACAACACUAAUAUAUAUAUCGUAGAAAGAGAUCGAUUUUUAAAUAAUGACAAAUAUUUCUUCAUAUUCUCCCUCUCACCCACUCUUCCAAUUACUAUAAAAUCCUAUCCCGUUUUAAUCAUCAACAUAAUUAAGGGAAACACUAAGCGGAUUUCUAUUGAUACGAUUAUUAAUUCACCAAUGAGCAGAUUUUAUCGAUAUCGUUCGAGAUUCGGUCUCUGGAGGAGAGUAUUGUCCAGAGGAAGACCCAAAAUUGUACGUUUCUAAGACGACAGGCCGAGGCCCCCUAUCGGAUAAUUGGAAAAAUGAAUGUGGUGAUCGUAUCAUGUGUGCUUACAAGCUUUGCCGGGUUGAGUUUAAGUAUUGGGGAAUGCAAACAAAAAUUGAGAGGUUUAUUCACGAGGUGGCUCUCAGAAAGACAAUGGUUAGGGCUCAUCGCCAAGUUUGGUGUUGGCAAGAUGAAUAUAAUGGAAUGACUAUGGAUGAUAUAAGAAGAUUGGAAAAGGAAACUCAAUUGGCUCUUGCCGAGAAGAUGGCGUUAGCAAAACAAGCGGAAAAUGGUGGAAUAAAGUCAGAAAAGGAAGCCGAACAAGUGGAAAUAGAAGCUACAUCGUCAAAGGCGGUUUUUGUCGUUAAUGAAGAUGUACAAAAAAGAGAUUCAUGGGCUGACGCAAUUAGCUCGAUAGGAAUGGAGCAUAUUGAAGACGAUAGUUCCGAAGACGAAUUUUACGACGCUCAAGAAGAGGUAACUCGCGAACGUUUGCUCAAAUCCAGUUCUAUGGAAUUUAUCGUCCCCAGCGACGAAACUAAACAAGAUGGAGAGUUAGCUACAUCGUUCGAUAAGAAAUUGGAACGCUAUAAACGAUUACAACAGGAUCCUCCAUUAACAACGGCAUCUGGACCGUCAACAGCUUUAAGUUCUAGUCAGCAACCGUGCAGAACGACUGUAUUAUUUCUGGUAGCUCACGGGGGUAGCGUUGUGGAAAGUGGAUCUGAGCUGAAGUCUACAGAUGUUAAUACGCUGCGAUCAACAAUUGAUGCUGUUUUAGCGUCUCAUUAUCCCGCUAUGGUUGGAAGGCUUGCUGUUCGAUUGGUUCAGUGCCCGCCUAUUUGUAGCGAAGCGUUGGAACUGCUUUCUACACUCUCUCCAACUUUCCAAUUUCCACAAGUCCCAAGAAUUGGCAAUGACGCUGCCAUUUUAGCCGCCAAUCAUAUUCCUGUUAGCUGCGUGCCACUUUUUGCUACGGGGAAACUACAUAGUUAUUCUGAAAGUGUCCUGCAGAUGGUUAAAAAAUGUAAUCAGGUUUAUAAUGAAUUCCUGCAGUCCGAAGAAGGUGUAUCAUUCAGGGGAAGGGUCUGUAUUAUUGGAGAUAGUGUUGGAUCUUUGUUGGUUUACGACGCCCUCAUAAAAAAUAAUCCAUUCCUGUCCAAUAGCCAAUUGAAUGAACUCAGCGAAGAAGAGGAAAUAAUUAGCAAUCCAGAUUUAUGCUCCGAUGAAGAGUUUUAUUCCACUAAACCUGCAUCACCUAGAAGUUCAAAUCGUUAUCCAGCCUCUUGCCCUGUUUCGAGGAGAACAUCGACUGGAAGUUAUGGAGGAGAAAGCGGAAAAUUCAAUUUCGAAGUUUAUGAUUUUUUUAUGUUCGGUGCGCCACUCGGCCUACUUCUUGCCUUUAGACGCCUUUGCAAGACAGAUGAAAGGCAAAAUGUCAUACCAAAACCUAGCUGUCAGCAAAUCUACAAUAUUUUCUACGCAACGGAUCCGUGUGCUUGCCGUUUGGAGCCAUUAAUUAGCGAAAAAUUUCGUUUAAUAUCUCCCAUUAACGUUUCGAGAUUUCAAAAUUUUCCAAGAGGAAAUGGCCAAAGUGUUCACGUUGCCGAAGCCAUACAAAAUCACAUGGGACUGUUCAGCGAAACUGAAAUUAGCGUUUCCGACUUAACAGCUGUAACAGCUAAAUGGUGGGGAACUAAACGCAUUGAUUAUGUUUUAUACUGUCCGGAUGCUCUUAAAGAGAUAAAUCCAUCCGCCUUGCCAUAUUUACUGCAGUCGUCUUUCUGGGAGUCGAUGGACGCUAUUGCAUUCCUUCUCAGGCAACUAUUAAGCCAAACAGACUCGGACUGGAGAAAUCCGAGUGCCAAUCAUUUAUCAGGAAGAUCGUACAAACCUGAGGAACCAACUGAAAAAUGGCUUAAAAGGAGAACUGCGAUCAAGUUGCAUAAUACAGCGCCUAAUCAUAGGGCUAAUGAUGUUCUUAUUGCUGAGGAUAAGAAGCAAUUACUAACAGCAAAGUUUAUGUAUGGUAUCCUCGACGUUGCUUUAUCUAGUGAAAGAGUUGAUAUUCAUGUGCAAAGAUCGCCGCCGGACGGUGAAUGGUGCUUUUUAGAUACGGUUCGCACCGAUUCAAGCGGUAGAGUAACGUACGAGGUUCCAGAAGAUAAGCGUCUCUCGCUUGGUAUUUACCCUGUUGUAAUGACCGUGCGAGGGGACCAUACAACCGCUGAUUUUAGCUUAGCCGUUUUACCACCCAAAACGGAAACGGUUGUUUUUAGUAUAGAUGGUUCAUUUACUGCUAGCGUCUCUAUUAGAGGAAAGGACCCAAAGGUUAGAGCCGGAGCGGUCGACGUUGUACGCAUGUGGCAGGAUCUUGGCUAUCUAAUACUCUACAUUACAGCCAGACCAGAUAUGCAGCAUAGAGUCGUCGUCUCGUGGCUGGCUCAACAUAACUUUCCAUACGGUAUGGUUGCAUUCAUGGAUGGAUUAACGGCCGAGCCGAUGAAACAAAAAACUCAAUACCUGCAGCACUUAGUUAAAAAUGCAAAUAUAAAAAUUCACGCGGCCUACGGGUCAUGCAAAGACAUACAAGUUUAUCAAACUUUGGAGGUUGAACAAUCUCAUACUUUCAUUAUUGGAAAACCGUCCAAAAAGCAUCAAAAGGAGGUUGUUGUUCUUACUGGUGGCUACGCCCAACAUUUGAAUGAUCUUACAACUCAUCCGGGAGCCCGUCCAGCAUCUGGUAAUGCACGUUUGUUUUUGAAAAAGACGUGCUUUAGCCUUCCAGGUCAAACUCAAAAGUCUAAGAAAUCAGUUAGAAAAACAGCGUCGCUACCGUACAGGAGAAACACAACAAGGGAAGCCGAACCGUCGACGCCAACUAUUAAUGUUAAGCAUAUAUGAGAUACAUGAAUAUUUUUCUUUUUGUGCAUAAAGAAUGCAGUUAUAGUAUAGGAAUACAAAGAAUAUGCUAACUUAUAAUUCCCUUCUCGCUUUUCAUUCUCGCCGGAAACAGUCUAUGCACUUAUUCUUUUAAAAGUUCUCCGAUAAAUUAUCGUAUUCCUCAUAUAUCAAAGAUAAUGUGGGCAAGAUACACUGACAUAUUACUAGGUUAUAAACAAAAUACACUUUACGACAAUUAUUUCUUUGCUUAUUCCUCUUUUUAUUUUUUUCAACAACUUAUAUGAUUGUAGAUUAUCUUUCUCAUAGGCCGAAUCACUGUAGGGAUGAAGCAUAAUUCGAUAAAAAGAAAUCAAUUUUUUUUCAGACUAGAGAAGAACUUUUUUAAUCUUUUAUCUCAAAAAUUUGACCUUUAUUUAAAUUUUAUAAAUAUUCA